UCCCAACAGUGGCUCAGCCAGCCUCCCCUAGCUGGGUGCUGGCUCCUUUCCCAUUUCGCAGAAGCGAGUACUAGUACAGAUCCACGGUGAGGGUUUGGGUCCAGCCUCGCCGGACCUCCCACCGGCGGCGGCCGCCCUUUCUCCGGCGCCGGUGCCCUUCUCUCCUUUCGCACCCGCACGCUGGGUAGCGGGGAUGAAGGAUGUAUUGGGGAGCCCGGGGACGUGGAGCGGCAUGGCGCUGCGCCUGUCGCAAUGCGUGUCUGCCGGCGCGUCCAUGGCCGCCAUGGCCACCGCGUACGGCUUCUCCAACUACACUGCCUUCUGCUACUUGAUUGCUUCAAUGGGCCUGCAGCUUCUUUGGAGUUUUGGCCUUGCUUGUCUUGAUAUCUACUCUUUGAAGACUAAAAGAGAUCUUCACAACCCUGUGCUUGUAAGCCUGUUUGUUGUUGGGGACUGGGUGACGGCGAUCUUGUCGUUUGCAGCCGCCUCUGCCUCAGCUGGUGUGACCAUCCUGUUCGAGAGGGAUGUCCACUUCUGCAGGAUGUACCCACAGCUGUCGUGCGGGCGGUACGAGCUCUCUGUGAUCCUGGCGUUCAUCACAUGGUCCUUCAUCGCGACAUCUGCCGUCUCCAUGUUCUGGCUGCUGCCAUCACUCUGAAUCUGCGUCUCAGGAGCCUGUCAGUCCAUCCUGUGUACAUCCGUUUGGCUGGCCUCGCUGGUGCUGUGUACCGACCGCUGUGUUGUGCCCUGUGCUACCUGUCAGUUGUAACAAGUAGAUUUCAGUUGCCGUUCCAGCAUCAGUCA